AAUUUAUAAAUAAAUAAACAAUACGUAAUUAUACAUUUUCAAUUUCGCUAAUGUUAUAAUUAAACAUAAAUAUAUGAAAUCCUUAUAUUUACCUAGUAUUAUUACUAAUUGUUGUUUAUCAUCCAUUCAUUCAUUAUAAUGCAUAUUAAUUACAAAAAAAUAAGUAUCAUAUUUAUUAAAAUUUACGUUUUAUAUAUUUUCGUCUUUUAAAAGGUCUAAUUAUGGUAUCACCUCGCUUGGUAUAGAAAUUUGGGUAUUUUCCAACAAACUUGCAUAGUUCAAAUAUAUAUAAUAAGCAAGGUAGCGUUAGGAUUUUAUAUUUUAUAAUGUAAGACUUGCAUGAUUCUGUUUCAUCUAUAUUUAAUAUUAUCCUCAUGAGUUUCUUUUGUUUUGUUAAUAAGGUAGAAGCAUCAGUGCCACAUCUCCAUAAAAUUAUUCCAUAGCUGAGCCAUGCUCGCGCGUAUGCAUAAUAAGUUGUUAUUGCCGUAUUUAUAUCUGUAGUUUUCUUUAUUUCACGUAACGUGUAAAUAAAACUGUUCAAUUUUCGAUGUAAUUUCUAUUCAUUUGGUUUCCAACUAACACAGGUAUCAAUUAUUAGACCUAAUAAUGUAUGUUGAUCUACUGUUUCUGUUGUAAUAUUAUUGUUUAUGUAAUUUAUGUCUAGUGGUGGUUUUUGAUAAGGAUAAAAAGACAUUAAUUUGGUUUUAGAUAAUUUUAUUUGUAAGUUAUGUUUCAUUUUGUUGUUUUUGAUAAUAUUUCGUUAAUAUUUCCUUUUAAAUUUGUUGAAUUGGACUAGAUAUCAGGAUUGAUAUGUCGUCUGCGAACAUGACGCAAUAUUCAUUUAGAGCUUCUGCAAAAUCAUUGACGUAGAUUAGAAAUAGGAGACAUCCAAGUACGCUACCUUGAGGUAUAGAGGUGUUAAUAGUAAUAGUUUUAUUUUUAAUUUCAAAUAAAUUCAUCCAAUCAAUUGAUUUUAAUUGAACUCUACAUUUUUCGAGAUUCUUAUUGUUAAAAUGACUUUUUUCAGUGUACCAUGUUUUUUGUUUGAUAUGUUUUGACAAAUUUAAAUGUAUUAUUGUGCUACUAUGGUCAGAUAGACCUAACUCUUCUACUGUAAUUUGAAGAGUAUUGUCGUUAAAGUUCAAAUAAAUCUUGUCUAAGCAUGUGGAGGUUGUUUUAUUUAUUCGAGUAGGGCAUUUUAUUUGCUGAGCCAGCCUAUAUUGUAGCAUUAAAUCAGUGAGUUUUUUGCUUUAUUCUUAUUCGUUUUGUUUAUUUUAUUUUUUCUAACAUAUGCGAAUUUACAUCACCCCCUGCUAUUACAUUGAAUUUAUAAAAUUUGUUAUUUUUUCUUCAACAAGUUUUAUUACAAAAGUCUCUUUUAUAUAUUCAAUUGACAUAUUGGAAAUUUCCGUUAAUUCUAUGUAGUCUAUGUUGUUAUUAAGUAGGAUACACGCGCCGCCUCCGGUGCAUAUUUUUCUACUCUCUCACUCUCGACUCAAGAAAAGUGACGUCGAGUUUGUCAUGCAGAGCGAUUGUUAAAGGGAGAUUAAACAGCAGUUUCUAUGAAACAAUAACGUUUUCUUAUAUAAAUAUAUAUAUUAAUAUUUUAAUUUAAUGACACCACAAAUCUACGGAGGUCGAAUAUCGUGCCUUGCUGGCUGACUACCAACAGCGAUUCACGAAAAAUCCGAACCCGAAUUCACUUCAAAAGCGACAUCCGCUUAACGUUGAAUAGUGUUAACGUUUCGUGGCUUAAGUGAAGUGAGUUUUCGAAAUAAAAUAGGAAAAGAAUAUCUGAGACACGUAUGAAUUAUUCAAUUUCGUUUGUAUUUUAAUACUUUGUUAAUGAAUGAAUAAAUAAAUACAAAAAAUGGAAUGAAUAGAAUUUUAUUAAGUUAUAUACAAACCUUCUUAUUGAUUAAUUUUGUGUGAUUUGAGAAAGCUAACGAAUUAUAAAAUAAGUACGCUCCUGACAGCCCUAAUCCUCGACUGCCUUCGCAGGUAGAGUGCGCGCGCGCCUUCGUCAGUCUGAGACAUGCGGCUCGCGAACGCCCGCGUCAUUUUUACUGAAAUUACGCGAUUAUAUGCGCUUAAAACAACAAUAAUACAAAAGCAAAACAUUUGUUUUUAAAUAAUAAAACAAAAUAAUUAAGCUUUUCUUUAAAUCAAAGUGUAAACAAAGUGCAACAGUGACAAAUAUACAAAAUCUAGUUAAUUGCGCGAAUGCCACGGUCUACAACCUACGCAGCCGGCGUCCCCCACCAACGUUCAUUCAAGGACCAAUCGUUGAACUCAUGCUGCUGCGGCUUUCGCGUUGUUGUAAUUCGAUAUUUUGGACAUAACCAACUUUUGGUAUACGCAGCAAUGAUGACACUGAGCUGACUACCGCCUGUGAAUCUACUUCAACGACAAUGUCAAUCAAUCAGAACGCAAGCCAAUUCAAUAAACAAAAACAACAACUAGGUAAACAGGGCUCGAUAGAACCGGUCAACUUUCCACCGCAUUAUCACCCGCCUCCGCCGGCUGCUGGUGGCCCCAAAUUAGCCACUGUUGAUUCGGCUGCGAAAGAGUUCAAACCUUAUACAGGGAAAUCUUUAGAUCCUAACAAAUUAUCGUAUCCUUUUGGGGUCGGAAUACACGGCGUAGGACCAGAACCAUACCCGAGCAGUUCAGUACCAUUCGUAAAAUAUCCUCAAGGAUAUCCACAGGGAUACCCUCUACCUCCAGGCGCUUUACGUUUAGUCCGACCAUCAGCAGAAGUAAUAACAAAAGCCAUCGUACACGAACCAGAACCAACAACAAGAGCUAGAAGUGCAGACGAUACACAGAGAACUCAAAGGAAUAUUGAAGAGGAACAGAUUCACCGAAGGUCGGCAGACAUGCUGAAGUUCACAAAAAGAGUUGAACCUGACGGUCCAAGAGCUUCGACGGAUCAGAGACGUCAAAUUCAAACACUUUUAGACGAAAUAAAAGCACUGAAAGAAGCCAACCGGCGACUGAGUGAAGAUAAUCAGGAAUUACGUGAUUUGUGUUGCUUUCUGGAUGACGAUAGACAGAAAGGACGCAAGUUAGCACGUGAAUGGCAAAGAUUUGGAAGGUAUACAGCGUCUGUGAUGCGCCAAGAAGUGUCAGCGUACCAAAACAAGCUCCGGGAAUUGGAUGAUAAACAACAGGAGUUGAUACGCGACAACUUGGAACUAAAGGAGCUGUGUUUAUAUUUGGAUGAAGAACGAGAGCGAACAACUUGUGUUAAUUGCGGUAGGACAUCAGGUCGAGAACGAGAUGAUGGAGAUGGUAGUAGUAGCGGCACGAAUGUGGAUGAAGGUCCGAGAGCAGCACCCAGCGUAGCCAUCACUCACCCACAGCUUGCAGAAAGAACAGUACAGUACGUUCGAGACUUGGAACAGAAAGUGCGACGAUUAGAAGCUGAAAAGGGAUUAGGCGGAGGCGUUAAUGAACGACCGGAGGCUGUUGUUAGGGCGUUACAGGUGUUGGAAGUGCGAGAACGAGUUGAAAGGGAAAGGCGGAGGCCUGCACCUGACCUGGAUUCAGGAGAACAAGCUUUAGUACGUGAAAUGUGUAAUGUAGUGUGGGGAAAACUUGAAGAUGCUCCUCCGCAAGCACCUCCCCGCUAAACUAUUGUUAUAAGCUAUAAGAGAAUAAAGUGAUUAUUAACAAAAGUACAAUCUAAGUGAUAUGUGUAGAUAGUACAUGUUUUGAUUGGAAUGCGACUUAAUCGAGGUCAUGCCGUCGAGUCUCGUGACCUAAAGAAAAAAAUCAAGUGCUCGACCUUGUUUAUCAAUCAAACAUAACAGAACUUUAACUAGUAGGUAGUCAAUGAAAAUACAAUGGAGAAAUGCCAACUUGCCAGUGAAUAUUGUUCUCUAUGUCACACAGGAAAAGAAACUAAAAAAAAGUACAAAAUAUGUUUUUUUAUUAUUUACUUUGACUAAUUGAUGAAUUAAAGAAGCGUGAAAACCAAGCACUUUCUACACCCAUCAAAUUUUAUUUUAAUAUAUUUCUAUAAUUCAGACUUAUAAAAGCAUCUACAUGAAAUAUUUUCAUUUUUAUGUGAAUUCUAUAUUUAUCAAGAUAGAUCUUUUUGUCUUCGAUUUAAAUUUUUAUUAUCUGUAUAGAAACUAUUUUAUUUUUGAUAUUAUUAUUAAAAAAUACGAGGCUAUGUUCGAAUGUCUGUAUUCUACUAGAGUAUGCAAUGUGUUGACCUUUCAUAGUUUCAGUGUUUAUGUUUUAGUAGUGCUUUCAUUAAUCUGUAGUCUUCUCAUAAUCAAUUUCUAGUCAGUAUGUCUGCAAAACUUGCCUGCUAACCUUCGUUGUUUGAAACCUAGCUAUCUCAGUGUUUGUUUUAUUUGCGUUUUUGAUUAGAUAUAGAAUUAGUUUCUAGUAAUUUAUUACAAACUUGUGAGAAAUAAAUUAUGUACAUUUGUUUUAUUUAUUCUUGUUUUACUCAUAAUUUCACUAUUGGAAGUCGUUUCGUCCAUUUAGUCUUCUGUGAAGAAAAAUACAAUUUAUCCCUUAGUUGAUAUUUCAAAAUGGCAAAUAUCGACCCGCCAAAAAGAAUAUUAUCUAAAUUAAUACAUAAGUAGAGUUUAUCAAUGAAUCUAAAUUAAUACAUAAGUAAGUAGAUUUAACCAAACAUCAUCAUCAUCUUCACCAGCCCUUUUACGUCCCCACUGCAGGGGCUCAGGCCUUCCUUAUGGAAGGUUAAGGAGGAUGGGCCAUGACCCUCCACGCUGGCCCAAUGCGGAUAAUUAACGACUGCAAAUGCAGCCGGGACCAACGGCUUAACGUGCCUUCCGAAGCACGGAGUAGCUCGAGAUAAUAAUUUUUUGGUCACCCAUCCCGUGAUCGACCCUUGAGAAAGUUGCUUAACGACUAUGAUCGCGGGCCGCGGCGCUUAUCCACUACGAUACCAAUGAAAACAUAAAAUCCAAAAAUCUCUAAAGCGUCACGCAGUAAUGGCAAUGACUUUUCGGAAAUUACGCUUUUUUACUUAAGAUGUAAAGGUACCAAAUAGGUAUACAAGCAAGUAACUAGCUAUUUUUCCGCGGCUUCGCCCGCGUAAAUUAUAGCCCUAUGUCACCCGAGAAUGAUGUAGCAUUCCGUAGUGAAAGAAUGUUAAAAAUCGGUCCAGUAGUUUUUAAGCCUAUUCAAUGCAAACAAACAAACACCAGUGCUGUCUUUUUCAUUCUAUGUAUCCAUGUUCCUGUAAAUUAAAAAAUUGUCUCGAACACUCAGCAGUUU